CUCCGUCCGCACUCAUCUCAUUACCGUUAGCCACACACAUACUAUGAGGUUUCCAUGCCCGCCUAUCCCGAGGGUAGCGCCAGGAUGCUGAGUAGUAGCUGUAGCGGAGAAGAUGCGAUCAACUCAUUCCUCGACAGCUACGAGUCGCCGAGCAUUCCUACGCGGCAGGUCGUCAACUGCUGUUGCGGCGCAACGACGUGUGCAUAUCUUCAACACACAGAGACGGCCUUGUCGGGACUGGAACGCGACCUGCGCAAUGCUGCUCAGAUUGGCAAGGCGCUGUUGAUGCGACAUGAGGCCUACAUCCACGACUCCGAGAAAGAACGCAAGGCCAUGGCCGCACACAUCCAGUCGCUGGAAAUCGAGAAGCAGGUGCUGGAAAGACGCAACGCUACCACUAUAGAAGAGAACCGGACCUUGUUGAACCAGCUCGAGUCUCUCAACACCGCCGUCGCCGAGUCUGACACGCAGGUCACGAACCUGCAGGCCACCCUGCGCACUACUCAGGACGAACUGCACAAGUUGUCGUAUCUACAGUCCCGCACGGAAAAGCUGGAGCAGCAGCUGGCCGACUUUGAACAAGAACAACUGUCAUGGCAGUAUGCCCUGGAAGAGAAAGCCGAGUCGGAGAAGUCCGCUCUGCGCCGAUGGCAGGAAGCUCAACGCACACUUUCCGGUCUCCAGGAACAGAUGGAGCGCAUAGAGCAGGAAGCGAAGGAAGAGAAAGAGCGACACGUUGAAGUGCUUGGUCGCAUGGAGCGGCAACGUCUCGUCGAGAAGGAACUGGACUCAGCUGCAGGCCGGCUCAAGGGUGCAGCGGCGACGAAGACCGGCAGUGGGACUGUCGUGUCCCAUUUUGUGAAAGAUAUCCUACAGGACAACGCGAAUCUGCAGAUGGGCAUUGUCGAGCUCCGCGACAUGCUGCACAACUCCAACGAGGAAGUGGAGACGCUACGGAACCAGCUCUCGGUGCAUCAGCCUGUGACUGUGGGAGCCGAAGUUUCUGAGACGACAUCGCCGCUGAUACGGCCACAUCUCAAGGAAGAGAUGCGAGCAGCUACAUCGCAAGAGCUACAUGUUCACCACCACUAUCACGCCCCAAGCGUGCCCAAGACUCCUCUUGUCCGGAGGCCGAAGAAGAAGCGAUAUGGAUCGCUGACACCAAACACAGGCACAAGCACGCCUCGGCACUCAUUUUCUACCCCCUCUAAUACCGCUGCGAUACUCUCGCAGACUGCGGUGACCUUGCCAGGAAGCGGGUCUGGGCCUACGAACAGUAACCGAUGGUCGUACCUGUCGGAUCGAUCCUUCGUGUCAGCUCAAUCAAUACAGAGCUUCUCUGGGCCAAGUUCGCCACAGUCGACCAACCGAACUUCAUCAAUGUUCGACAGAGUGUUCAGCGAUGCCGGACAAGAUUCUUCUCGGCCGACCACGCCUGAUACGGAGGAACCGGGCUCACCAAUGUUCGCGCCAAUUGGAACGAAGCGCGUAUCCUCUGCACCUCUGCAUUUCCAGCGACCUUCGGUAUCAUCGCAUCGCGGCCGGCCAUCCCUUGAUUCUAUUCUCGACAAGAGUUGCGAGGACUUACGCGAGCUAGAGCCGCAAUCUUCCUCGGAGGCAGCCAUACCGGAGGAAGACGAACUUGACUGGGAGACCUCCGACACACCACCUGGAGAGUACCACCUCGAAGCUGCCUCGCCACUCUCCGAAGAGAUCACUCUGGCUCUCGAGCGGCCUGGCAAGCUACGACGAGCUGCAUCUCACGAGUCAAUCUUGUCUUGCCGCGGAAUGGAUAUUCACACUCUCAAGUCUCGUCCCUCGCAACUGCUUGGUUCUUAUGGUGGCCGCUCGUACACUCCGCAAGCCGUCAUAAGCGACGCUACUGCAUACGCCGCCGUCUCUGCAUCGAUGUCCCGGCCGAUGGAUAGUAGUCAUCGUAUACUGAGCGGCAUGGCGCCUGCUGCGCUUCAACGACAAGCACCGUCUAACAAGGGUGGACUCGGCAGUAAAGUUGGCGGUUGGAUGUUUGGCAGAUGGGGUGCAUCUCCUAUGCCCACAGUGACGGUCACCGAUGCCGUCGCUCCGCCCAAGAUGAGUCGCACUGCUAGUGCUGCCUCGGGCAGUACCAGCAAGUCUGCAAAUGCAAACGAUCCUGAUGUAACGCCGAAGAAGCCCAAGCUCCGGCCCCCUGGUAUCAAUCAAAUGGGCCCGAUUCCAGGAUUUGGACCGGAGAUCAAGAUUCAGCACCCGCCCAUUUUGAAGAGUCUGGAUACAAAUGCAUUGGAGAGUGUGCUAGGUGAUAUUUAACUAAUUGAGGGGCAGAAUGCCAAAUGGAGCAAUUUUGACGACUAAUAUUUAUAAGCGAUACCCAGACGACAGCAUUUAGCCAAAUAGAUUUCGUAUGUAUGUGAGUGAGCACAAAAGGG